AUGUCAGAGCAGGCCGACUUCGCACUCACCAUCACCCCUCUCAAUCUAGGGAGUAUUCCUCCCGAAGACGCGAUCCUGCAGGCUGCCCAGAAAAUCCUAGAUUCCGUGCAAUCAUGGCAUGUGGGAAAGACGAUCCGUGGGGUCAAGACCUUCAGUCGGCCAAAGCAAGCUGGGGACGGCGCGCCCUGGCAUGCUAGACGCAGUGAACAUACCGCCGAGGAAGCUACAUUUGAUGAUUUGUGGUCGAAGCUUGCAGUCAAUAAAGCAGAGAACGAGAAAGAAUUUAUACCAGAGAUUAAGAAAGUGACACUAGUCAAACAAAUCUCGCCCACUCAAUCAGUGUGGACCCUGUACUACACGUUCCCCCCGCCUGUCUCCCCUCGGGUAUUCACCGUCUUGCAAGUCGUCCACCUGGAAGAGAUAUCCCCACGUUCUGGCACGAUAGUAUCUAUACCAAUAGACGUAACCGCCGAUAAAGAAUUGGCGAAACUUGAAGAGAAAGGCGUGAGGGGUCGGUAUACGAGUGCCGAGCGUAUCCGUGAAUUGGAAGACGGCAAGACGGAGUGGCUUAUGGCGACAUCUAGCACUCCAGGCGGCUCAAUUCCAACUUUUAUCGUCGAACGCUCCAUGGCCAGCUCGAUAGUGCAGGUACAGUCCACGAUUUUAUAUAAGAAAUGGCUAGUCCUCAUUAUCAUUAUGUUCGAAUAG